GCGCCGUCUCGUUAGUCCGGAGCGUUUAGCAGUGCACACAGGAAGUAAAUCCAAGUCAUCCAGACUGGCAGGCUGUAAUUCGCUGCUUUAAAAAGUGUUUUGGCCCAUUCAAAGUCCAGUAAAGAAUCUUAUUUCACACCAGUUCAACAUGCUGAUCAAAGUAAAGACUCUCACUGGAAAAGAAAUCGAGAUCGACAUUGAGCCCACAGAUAAGGUGGAACGAAUUAAAGAAAGGGUGGAAGAGAAGGAAGGGAUCCCUCCACAACAACAGAGACUCAUCUACAGUGGUAAACAGAUGAACGAUGAGAAGACAGCCGCAGACUACAAGAUCCAGGGUGGCUCGGUGCUCCAUCUUGUGUUGGCGCUAAGAGGUGGCUUUUCGCUCUAUCGGCCCUUCACACUCCUCUCCUCCUCUUCGUCCUGAUUUGCCGUUGUGGAGGGGCCAGCUGAGUGCCAAUGCUUUAGGUGUCUGUCACAGUCUAACCAUGUUACAGCACAGAGAUCUGACAUCCCCACGCUCCGGGACCGGCGUAAAAAACCCCACAAAUCUACCAACAACAAAGAUAAGAGGACGUUCUAAUUCCUUAAUAGAUGUUUUUUUUGUAAUCCCACAUUGGCUUUCUGAGUUUGAGCAGUUGAUACAGGCACCUUGAAGAACAGAAGACACUUUGAGAACACUGUGGUCUUUUUUGCUUGUGAAUAAAUGCUGAAGUUGA